GCGGCGGCGGGGCGCGGUGGCCGGCGCUGAGCACGCGGGUGCGGAGCGAGGCGGCGCGGGCACAGUCUACCCACAUUGCUCGAGCCAGCUUCCAGGUUGAUGCUUUUGGAUCAUCUUUCAUCUUAGAUGUGACACUAAACCAUGACCUGUUGUCUUCUGAGUACCUUGAGAGGCAUAUCGAGCAAGGUGGGAAGGCAGUGGAAGUUAAAGGAGGAGAACAUUGCUAUUAUCAGGGAAAAAUUCGAGGAAAUCCUGUAUCAUUUGUUGCCUUGUCAACAUGCCAUGGAUUACAUGGGAUGUUCUAUGAUGGAAAUCAUACUUACCUUAUUGAACCAGAUGAAAACUACACUUCAGAUGAUGACUUCCAUUUCCACUCUGUUUACAAAUCCAAGUUGUUUGAAUUUCCUUCAGUUGACGUGCCAGCCGAGUUCUGGCAGAUGAAUACUACAUCACAGAAUUUUGUUGUAAGGCCAAGACACAAAAGAAGGAAAAGGCAGGUUCGUCAGAUUCCACGUAAAAUUGAAGAGGAAACAAAAUACAUUGAGUUGAUGAUUGUAAAUGAUCAUCUAAUGUGUAAAAAGCAUCGCUUGUCAGUCGGCCAUACCAACAGCUAUGCUAAAUCAGUAGUGAACAUGGCAGAUUUAAUAUAUAAAGAACAACUUAACACCAGGAUAGUAUUGGUUGCCAUGGAAACCUGGGCUACUGAUAACAAGUUCACCAUAUCUGAAAACCCCUUGGUGACUCUACGUGAGUUUAUGAAAUAUAGGAGGGAUUUUAUCAGAGAGAAAAGUGACGCAGUUCACCUUUUUUCGGGGAGUCGAUUUCAGAGCAGUCGAAGUGGUGUGGCCCACACUGGUGGAAUCUGCUCCUUGCUUAAAGGCGGAGGUGUGAAUGAGUUUGGAAAGCCAGACUUAAUGGCAGUUACCCUGGCACAGACCUUGGCCCAAAAUAUUGGCAUUUUCUCAGACAGAAGAAAACUUCUAAGUGGUGAGUGUAAGUGUGAGGACAUGUGGUCUGGAUGCAUAAUGGGAGAUAUGGGGUACUAUCUUCCAAGCAAGUUCUCCGAGUGUGAUAUUGAAGAGUAUCAUGAAUUUUUGAACAAUGGAGGUGGAGCUUGUCUUUUCAAUAAACCAACCAAACUUCUGGAUCCUCCAGAAUGUGGCAAUGGCUUUGUGGAAGAUGGGGAGGAAUGUGACUGUGGGACAAUAGCGGAGUGUGCCAGCGAAGGAGGGGAGUGCUGCAAUACCUGCACCCUGACCGCGGGCUCCCAGUGCAGCAACGGGCUCUGCUGUCGGAAGUGCCGGUUUGAACCUAAAGGAGUUUUGUGUCGAGAAGCAGUGAAUGAUUGUGAUAUUGCAGAGAACUGCACAGGAAAUUCCAGCCAGUGCUCUCCUAAUAUCCAUAAAAUGGAUGGAUAUUCAUGUGAUAACAGACAGGGCAUUUGCUUUGGAGGAAGGUGUAAAACCAGGGACCGGCAAUGUAAAUAUAUCUGGGGUGAAAAAGUGACGGCUGCUGACAGGUACUGCUAUGAGAAGCUGAAUAUUGAGGGGACUGAGAAAGGCAAUUGUGGAAGAGACAAGGACUCUUGGAUACAGUGCAAUAAACAGGAUGUGCUUUGUGGAUACCUUCUGUGCUCCAAUAUAUCCAGUGUGCCCAGACUUGGAGAACUUGAUGGUGAAAUCACAACAUCAAUCUUGCACUAUGGAAAGAUCUACAAUUGCAGUGGCGGCCACGUGAAGCUCGAUGAGGACACAGACCUGGGCUAUGUGGAGAACGGGACGCCGUGUGGGCCGGACAUGGUGUGCCUGGACCACCGCUGCCUCCCCACCGAGGCCUUCAACUUCAGCACCUGCCCAGGCACCACAGACACCCAGAUUUGUUCAGGACACGGCGUUUGUAGCAAUGAAAUAAAGUGUAUCUGUGACCGAUUCUGGGGAGGAGAUGACUGCAGUUCUCACAUCAAAGACGAUCUAUUUUUUGAUAAAGAUGCCAUCAAUAAAGGUGUGGUUAGCACAAAUAUAAUUAUAGGGGCUAUUGCUGGCACCAUUUUGGUGUUGGCUCUCGUUUUAGGAAUAACUGGUUGGGGUUACAAAAACUACAGAAGACAGAGACAAAUACCCCAGGGAGAUUAUGUAAAAAAGCCGGGAGAGGCCGACUCUUUUUAUAGCGACAUGCCUCCUGGAGUCAGCACAAACUCUGCAUCUAGUUCUAAGAAGAGGUCAAAUGGAUUAUCUCAUUCCUGGAGUGAAAGGAUUCCAGACACAAAACAUAUUUCAGACAUUUGUGAAAAUGGGAGGCCUAGGAGUAAUUCUUGGCAAGGUAAUAUAGGAGGAAACAGAAAGAAAGUCAGAGGCAAAAGAUUUAGGCCACGGUCUAAUUCAACUGAGUAUUUAAACCCAUGGUUCAAAAGAGAAUAUAAUGUAGCUAAGUGGGUAGAAGAUGUGAAUAAAAACACAGAAGGACCAUACUUUAGGACACUGUCUCCUGCAAAGUCUCCGUCUUCAUCUACUGGAUCUAUUGCUUCCAGCAGAAAAUACCCUUACCCGAUGCCACCACUUCCUGACGAAGAAAAAAAGGUCAACAGGCAAAGUGCCAGGCUAUGGGAGACAUCCAUCUAGCUGCACUGUUCUCCUGGGGUCACAUCAGAACUGUUUACUUUGGAUUUUAUAGAAACUCAGCAUCACUGAGUCACUGCACAUUCUUCUGCUCCUCAGACAAUUCGAAAGAUCAACAGAGAUGCCCAUGAUAUCGCAGUGAUAACCUCUUCUCACGUGGAAAGGAAAAAUAACAGUCUUUUUUUUUUUUUUUUUUUCUUUCUUUUUGAUUUGUAUUUUAUGGAUUUGAUGAACCACCAAAAUCAUAACAUUUGACAGAAUAAUUAGCCCAGAUGUGACAAGGCAGUUCUGCAUGGUGACCUAGAAUCCUAACUGCAGUCCAUUUGCCAGUCCUGUGUAAGAGAGGUUUAUCUCUGGUUUAUUGCACACCUGAGUCAGACCAGAGUGAAACUGGGAACAUGCCUCACGGAGAGCACAGAUGAUGUAAACCUGUACGCUGUAUGCAUGAACCUUGUGUUCUUUACUUUCCACAUGUAAGGGAAGAACAACAUACUGUAGUAGAGAUUAGCAUGCAGGAGUAAGAAAUAUAGGAAUUUUUUUUGUGACAGGAUUUCAAGCUUUGAAAGGCAACUAUUUCACACAAAGAGCAAAGAUUAUAUCUUCUUUUUUUUAACCUUACAUGUUUAUAAUCUCAGUAUACAGAUUGUAUAUAUGUAAACAGUCAAUAAUGUCAAAAAUAGCUGUUAUACGUAUGUGUAUUUUGCCAAAUGCCUAAAGAAACAGUCAUGACUAACAUCAUCACACUUCAGGUUUUCUAAUAUUAUGAGCAGAUGUCCUUGGAAAUACAGAAAGUACAGUACUGUAAAACUGUGUCUCUCAGAAACUGGUGUUUGACCAAAAUCUAUACAACUUUUUCAGCAUCUUAUACUGUCUUGACAAUCUCAAUUGUAUGGUAGACUUUGGAAUCCAGUACAGCAGCAUUUUGUCUUAAAUCAUCAUAAGAGGAACCAGCCAAAAUCCUUUGUUUAGUAGGAUAACCACUGUAUCUUCUCACAGGUGUAAUCAAGAAUGAUUCAGCAGACCAACAGUCUUUAAGUCAUGUGCAGCCCAAACUUACCGGACAUUUGGGAAUACUUCUAAGUAGUCAGUUCAGGAUAUGGUGAUGUGAAGUCUGUCUGUGAGAGUUGCUGCGUAUUUUUGAUAGAGCAUUUCAGACACUGCUUUAGAUGGCAAGGCACAGGCUUAUGAGAAGCAUAACAAUUUCACUGCACUAGAUAAUAACAGUGCUGGGCAAGUGGCCAGUUUCAUUGCUGUCUUUCAAUUUUGUUACUGGAAUCACCUUUACCAUGCGCUUGAAUGCUAUGCUUGCUGCCCCUGAAGCCCCCUUGACAAUUUCUUGGGGCAUUAAACUGAGAACAAGUGAAUUUAGCUUAAAAAGAGCGGGGUGGGAAGGAACAACUCUUUAUCUUUAUUAAGAUAUUAAUCUUGUGUGUAAGUUGAUGGUUAUAUUUCCAACACCUGAGACUUCUAAAGGUUGUUGUAAAGCAAAUACCUUCUGAUUGGGAAUUUUCAGUUAGUAAGAAACUGGACCAUAUUAAAUCAGCUUAUAAUUCUCUGGUUUUCCAAAAUUCACUAAUUCUUAGCUUCAGGUAGUACCAUUGCAGAAUAAAACACCCGACUGUGUGGUGCAGUUGAAUACUCUACACAACAGCUGUAUGAUUAAUUAGAUAUUGUUGUAAUGGGAACAUCUAUGGUGUUUCUGAAUCUUCUACCUCUUUCAUGUGUUUCCUUUAGUAAGUGAACCCAACACUUGCAGCCUUUUAAUGUAUUUUUUUAACUUUUACGUCUUUCAAUAAAGUCAGAUAUAUGUAAGAUUAAAUUAAGAAAUGUUUAAAGAUGUUGGCAGCUGUAAAAUAUGUAAGAUUUUUAGGAGCACUAUAUUUUAUGAUUAGGCUGUAUGUUGGAUUAUGACAAAAUAUUGGCCUUGGCAUUCAAAUGAUUUUCCUUCACAGUCAACAGGUUCUGGUAAGUAUUUAGAAAAAGACAAAUAUAAGUGAGCACAAGUGGGUGCAGACUGACCAUCUGGAAUGAGACAGUCACUUGUAACUGCUUUGGGGAAAGAUUCUGCAUUUUUGUGAAAGGUAAAUAUAUCAGUUGGAACUGAGGAAUAUUUUUUGCAAAGAUUUGAGUGUAGCUAACUGGAUUAAAGAUAGUUGAUAGCAUGUAGCUAAUGAAAUUAGGGUCGGAGCCAUAACUUGAAAUCAAUGUCUUUUGUUGAUUUCACUGGACUUUGAGCAGGACCCUCAAGAUGUUCACCCACAUUAGGACAAUAUGAUAACCUGAUCGUCGCUGUAUUACUCUGUCGCCUGGAAGCUGGUUUUCCCUCCCGUAUUCAUAUCUUGUCUUCAGUAACUGGACUGUUCAUCAUGUGCCUUUUAUGGUAUUAUUUUGGAUACAAACUGGCAUAUAGUUUUGAAUAAUCCCAUUAGAUUUCUGUGUGUAUCUUAUGUUUACCACUGUUUACUUUUCCUUUCCAUUUUGCCUUACCAAGUAGCAGUAAGAUUUGGCACACAGAACUGGAUAUAACAUACCGGCUCUUUCUGCUAUGUUCAUAGCUUCCUGUUUUGCAAACAAAUGGCUCUCCUGACUGUAUUUUCAAUGUAGUAUGUACUUCCAGCUUCUUUUGUUUUGGUACAAUUCAUUUGUAGUUUAUGAGGAUACACUUAUUAUGUGUGUGUAGUGUACCUUUAACAUUCACCUUCACAUUUGGAGAUAGGUAGUGACUGGAAGUCUAGUUCUGAGCACUAAGUUUAAGCUAAAUAAAUGUUGACUUUCACUUUGGUGUUCUAGAGUGAGAAUAUGACAGGACCUGUGUUUUUGCAAAAUUUUUCUGCAGAGAACUUUGCAUUAGGUUGGUAACUUGGGAGACCUGAAUAGGCAGGGCUGUGUGAGCCUCCCAAGCUAGUAGAGGUUGGACAGAGAAGUUGUUUGCUUACAAGCUGUCAUUUCCUACUUUUAAAGUGUAGUGUGUUGGAAAGCUGCCAGAUUAAUCACCUUGAAGAUUGCAAAUAUUUUUAUCCACUGUAGUUAGUUACACUGGCAAUAGCAAUAUAAUCUGCUGCAUAAUACCUCAUCCAGACUAAAACAGAGUAUUUGUCACUAAUAUAGCUCAGUCAUUUUGACUCAUUGAGACUCAUGCUUUUAUUUUGGUUUUAUUUUAAUAAAUGAACUAGUUAUAGCCAAUUAUCCUGUAGAAGUGAGGAAGCUAUCAGUUCUCAGAUAGAAGCAAUUGUUUAUAUGAGCAUAGGACCGGCAGGAUGAGAUAUACUUAAGUUACCUUUAUGUAUUUCAAUGUGGGAGAAGAAUCUUGUGUAAUUUAUAAUAAAAUUAAUAUGACUAACUGAUGGAGACUGGAAAAUUGAGAUUGUAUCUAAAAAUAAUGCUGCACAGUGACGCCACAGUUUAAUCAGUAAAGAUUUACCUACUUAUUCUGGAUUUGUUGACUUAAGAACUUUAGUAAUAUCAGGCAAUAUACCAGAGAUGGUUGUGACUGAUAAUUUACAUAUAGUUUUGUUAUAGUUAAGUAAGUAGAUUCAAGAAGAUUGUUAAUGUUAUAGAGCCUGUCUUUGCUUAAAUUGUCAACUAAAGUCACAACUUGCCAGUCACCUGAAGUGUAACUUGACGUUGAAGAUGGCUUCUUCCAAAUGAUUUAAGAGUUCCUGAUUUAUGAGAUGUUGAACCUGCUGAGCUCAUGUGCUCAUGAAAUCAUUUUGAUUGUGCUAUUGAACAAGUGGACAUUUGAGGUUAUAGCCUGAAUUAAAAUCAGAAAGAAAUUGUGUCAAUAGUUAGUGUACUGAAAUCCUCUUACUCAAAUCCCUAUUGCUGGUUUGGACUGAUUGGUCUUAUCAAAACUAAUGUGACAAAACUAACUUUUCAAAACCAGAGCUAAGAAUGGGUAUGUACACUAUUAUAGACAUGCAUAUACUACAAAUUCUAACCAAAAUUACUGUAACUUCAUUAAUGAAUUGAUUAAUGGAUAGAAUGUAGUGUGAAAGAAGAAUGAGAUUCCAUAAUCCUAAAGGAUAUGUGCUUCAGUUAGCCCUUAGGACUUGUUAUGUCAUCAAAUCCCAUACCUAGUUGUAGGCAAAGUUAUCACACUCUAGUAUAAAAUUCAGCAAGCUCCUUUCUCUUCCAUCCCCUUUUCACUCCUACUGAAAAGCAUUUUUAUGAAAUAUUCAUCCACAAACAGCCUCUGUGAGUUGGCUGAUGUCAGAAAGCUGCUAAGUUGGUCACCUAUGCACACUAUGGAUAGGGUCUUUCCAAUGCUGUUAAUAAUAGUAGGUUUAGAUGAGGUAUUAGGAAGAAAUUCUUUACUGUGAGGGUGGUAGGACACUGGCACAGGUUGCCCAGAGAAGCUGUGGAUGCCCCCAUCCCUGGAAGUGUUCAAGGCCAGGUUGGAUGUGGCUCUGAAUGACCAGGUCUACUGGAAAGUCCUGCCCAUGGCAGGGGGGUUGGAACAAGAUGAUCUUUAUGGCCCCUUCCAACCCAGACCAUUUAAUGAUUCUGAGAUCUUUUGCUUGUGCUAUAAUCAGGUGAUGAUCCCUCAUGUCUCGUGGAUUUUAUAUUGGUUUUGCCUGGGGAUGAGUUAACUUUCUUCACAGUAGCUGGUAUGAGGCUGUGGUUUGCAUUUGUGCUGAAAACUGUAGAUAAUGCAGGAAAUUUUUUAGUUAUUGCUGAGCAGUGCUUGCAUUGAGCCAAUGCCUUUUCUGCUCCUCACGUACCCCACCAGCAACUGGGCUAGGGGUGCACAAGGAGUUGGGUGGGGACACUGCCAGGACAGCAGACACAAGGGAUAUCCUAAACCAUGAUGCCAUGCUCAGUAACAAUCCAGAAGGAAGGUUGGCCGUGAAAAACUGCAGCUCAGGGGCUGGCUGAGCACUGGUCUGUUGAUGGUGAGCAAUUGCUUUCAUUUGCAUCACUUGGCUUUUCUGGGUUUUAUUUCUUGCUCCGUUAAUUCCCUUUUCAUUUUUUUUUACUAUUAUUACUACAACUAUUUAAUUUUAAUUAUUGAACUGUUCUUAUGUUCUUAUGUCCAUGAGUUUUCUCACUUUUACUUUUCCAAUUCUCUUGCCCCACCCACUGGGGGUGGGGACUGAGCAAGCAGCUGUUUUGGGGGCUUAGUGGUUAAAUUCUAGUGGUUAAACCAGAAUACUGCUGGUAAAACCACUUGGUGACUCAGCCAUCCUGUGUCUCUCUCACCUUCUAGCAUUGUUGAAGGCUAAGCCUCUUUAAUCACCAAGUCUGUGAACCUAAAAGUUGAACUGUUUCCUGUUUCUCUUGCUCCAAGUCUGAAGAUCAUCUGUUUCCUUCCCUGAGUAUCAGUGUUAGGGGAUAACAGUGGACAGUUUGGACCACUGUUUUCAACCACAAUAUGAUGCUAUUUGCCUCAUUUUUAAAGAGCUUGAGCAUUUCAGUCUCCACUGAAUGCCAAGAAUGGAUAAGCUGAUGACCCACUAUUUGCAUGGCUUCCAAAUCAUAUGACAAUAUGACAUAUCAGCAAUAUGGGAUUUGACUUUGAUCACAUUUGAUGCGCUCAGUUGGUUGGAGCAUGGUGUUAAUAACGCCAGGGUCAAUAACGCCAGGGUUCAAUCCCCAUAUGGGUCAUUCACUUGAGAGCUGGACUUGAUUAUCCUUGUGGGUCCUUUCCCCAAAACAUUGUGUGAUUCCUGAAGACAAAGUUGAAUAAACUGCAAAAUUGCAUGAUUGCACAGUGGAGUGAGGUUGCUGUGUGCACUUAACUAUUAACUUAAUAAGGCAAGAAAAAAAAACCAACAGUGAAACUAAUUGUGUAAACAUAUCUGCAAUACAGACAGGACUCUCUUAAGUGUGAUUUUGUCAGAAACAGGAAAGGAAGUAAAAGUUUCUAUCAUCUAUGCUAAAAAUCUCCUGACACAAGUAUUUUCUAAAUCAGCUUGAAAACCCAUUUCUGGUAUCUCAAGCAUGGAUGCUGACAUAAACUGCAGCUUUGGAAACAGCAUCUUGUGCAUCUGGCACGUGGUAUCCACAACAGUUUUCUGCAAGUAUUUGGAGAAAAGCACUACAACAGACAACAUUCCUAUGUCAUCUCAGCCAAGUAAGAAAAAUAAGCAGUAAAAAAUAAGUUCAGAACACAGAUAUUCCUCACAUUUGAGACACUGUACCUGGCUUCAAAAUUGGCUCACAUAGCCAGUUCUAGCUCUUUAAAAUCCAAUCUAUACCAGUUUCAAAAUCACUUCAGCUAAACCAGCUUUAAAGUGUUUUAAAAACUUCUGCUACUUAAAAUAGGCCACAGUUGCCAUAUAACUCAGAAUGAGAUGAGGAAAAUCUGGAAAAAUAAGCACAGAGCAUUAAAAAGCAACAUGUUCUCUAAGGGAGGAGUAAAGGUGUCAACACAAUUUUUAAUUGCUAGAGCAUAAAAUGUCAAAGCAACAAGCUUUUAUUUUUCUGUUUCUGUAGUCCUCAGAAUAAAAAAAAAAUAAAGCUUUUGUUUAAAAAACUCAACAUGAGGCCUUAAGACCUUAUAUAUUCUAACUUUAGCAUGGAGAGUCUAUUUUUACAACCAUGUUAGAAAUUCUGUAUAUAGGCCUGACUGACCUUGUAAGUAGAGUGGUGCGAGCAGCUAAUUAUGCAAUAUUAUAAGGCUCUGUAGAACUGCAAAUGCUGAUUUAGUUUGAUUAUUGGUACAAGAACUCCUGCUCACUGCCUGUGUAGACUCUGCAUACUUUACACUUGGAAAUACAGUCCAGAACAUACUCAAACUGUGAAUAUAUUAACCUGAGUUUUCUUUUCUUAAGGAUAAAAAUAUAUUACAAUAGGUAAUGUUUUAUAUAGAAUACAGUACUUAUUUUUAUUGUUGCAUAAAUGCAAAAUAUUUUUUUCAGAAUAGCAAAGCAUUACAGAAUUUUUAAUCUGAUGAGAAAACACUAUUUACUGUAUGACCAGUUCUUUCAGCAAAGCUUUUGGGGUGGUAGAUACCAACUGGCUCUGCCAGCUUCAUUUUGUGCUGAUGUUUAACUUGGGCAUUGCUGUAAAAAAAAAAAAAAGCUUGGGCAUUGCUGUAAAAAAAAAAAAAAAGCUGUUUUUUCACUCAUACUAGCCAUUACUGAGAGGCAAGGAGAAUCAUGUUCCACCACUGUGGCUGGGCUAGUAUUGGCAAAAACAAUGAUUUGCAACAUAUCAUUGUCUUUGCUAGUUAAAAUCCCUUAAAAAUCGUACCUGAUGUAAUAAAAAAGUAAGAUUUUGAUAAACAUCAAAAUGAAGCAUUGCAGUUUACAACUUUCUAGCUUUGAGUGUGAUAUUUUUGUCAUAAACAUUAUAGGCAUUGGGCUGUUGAAUGAAUCUGGCUUUCAUGUAGCUAAACAAAACGUUGCUUUUUAUAAAAUCAAAUCGUAAUUUGGGGUUCUAAAUUCCUGCUCACUUUUAAUAAUAACAGCGUCACAGUAUCCACUUCUACAAGAGUAUUUAAUACAAAUGCCUGUGGUUUUCAAUGUUAUUAACAUACUGUAACAUCAGUAAAGUGACU